AAUAUAAUUAACUUAGCUCUGUCUCUCUCUCUCUCACUCUCGCUCUGUCUCGCUCGCUCACUCGCACUCUAACAAGAUGUUCCGAAUGAUUCGAGUGAACAGAAUGCAGCUAAAACUAAAACUAAAACUACUAACAAGCAACUAGACUAGAAGGCCACAAGCGCAAACAGCAGCAGCGGAAGCAACGAAAGCGUCAACAGCAGCAGCCAAAGCAACAACAACAACAACAGCAGCAGCAGCAGCAAUUGACACGUGGUGGCAUCAACGAUCCGAACUUGCAACAUGGCCGGACCACAAGUGCAGCAUACACAGCGACCCAACAGCGCCUACUACACGGGUCUCAAUGGCAGCGGAGGCGGUGCCAGUUCCAGCGGCAUGGCCAGCAGCGCCUCACACACUGGACUGGGACUGCAUGCGCUGCGUCAGGUGUCGAAUGAGACGGAGCUGAUUUAUCGCGGUGGCGCACAUAGCAAUGGUGGCAGCGCUGUCAACGAACUGAGCCUUAGCCUGGGUCAAGCGGCGCCCCCCAGAGCUAGCGGCGGCGGCAGUUCGAGUCGCAUCAUACAGCAGCAGCCGGCGGCGCACAGCUCCCGGGACAACAUUGUGAGCAGCAUAGCGGGCACGGGUAGCUGUGCCACGGAUGCGCUUAUUGGCACCAUUGCCACCAGUGCUGGCGCCGCAGCGAGCAGCAGUGCUCAAGCUCAAGCGGCAGCUGCAGUCGGCGGCGGCAAGUCGAAUACGCAGCGCAGCAUUGAGAUCAUUGUGGAUGCCACGCAGUGUGGCAAGGAGUUGGAGGAUGUCGAGCAGGGUGAUGCUGGCGGCGAUGCUGGUGGCGAGUCCUCAUCGACGGCGCGUAAAUCAUCGCGACAUCGACAUCGGCCAUUGCAUCGACGGCUCAUCAGCUAUUUGCGUAAUCUAUUCCAAGGCAGUGCCGCACAGAAUGAUUCGGAGCUUGAGGAGUUCGAGACACCAGCACGCUAUAGACCCGAUUCGCUGAGCGCUCUAAGCCGCGCCACACGCUUCAGCGAGGACGAGAUCAAACGAAUUUAUCGCGGCUUCAAGGCGGAAUGUCCCACGGGCGUCGUCAAGGAGGACACCUUCAAAGUGAUCUAUUCGCAGUUUUUUCCACAGGGAGCAAAUCCAACAUUAUAUGCACAUUAUGUAUUCAAUACACUGGAUCAGGAUCACAGCGGCAUUGUCAGCUUCGAGGACUUUGUUCAAGGACUUUCGAUACUGUCGCGCGGCUCAGUGGAGGAGAAACUGCGCUGGACGUUCUCGCUCUAUGACAUCAAUGGCGAUGGCUUCAUCACACGCGAAGAAAUGACUGACAUUGUUACAGCCAUAUACGAACUGAUGGGCCGACUGCCCGACGAAUGUCCCGAAGAAGAAAAGAUCAAGGGCAAAGUGGAGCACAUCUUUCAGAAAAUGGACAUCAAUCGUGAUGGCGUCGUAACGAUGGAGGAAUUCUUGGAGGCGUGCCGGAAUGAUGAGGCCAUAUCCAGAUCCAUGUCCUAUACAUCACGUAGACAGCGACAUAGUCGCGGCCAGCAGCAACAACAACAACGACAACAACAAACAAAGGAGCAACACAAGCAAAAGCAAAUGGAAAUGGAUAAACGUAAGUCAAACCACAAGAUGCAACAACAGCAACAAAAACAUAGUAGACACCAAACGGCAGCUGCCAAGUGCUGUCAUGUCAUUGACAUGGAUGGCGCUAGCACAGCAACAGCCACAACAACAACAACAGCAUCGGCAACAAGCAACAGCAACAACAACAAGAAGCAAACAUACAACUAUUUCGAAGAAAGAUUUGAAAAGAACAACGGGGAUGAUGAUGACGAUGAUGAUGAGGAUGCUGAUGAGGAUGAUAGCGAUGAUGAGUAUGAGAAUGCCGAGGAGGAGUUGCCGUCGGGCAGUCGUUCCUUUUGUCGCCACUGCUUGCGUCCACAGUCCGAGCUGCAGUCGCUGCAGCCGCCGCCGCAGCGAGUGCGCAAAAAUCGCUCAAAGUCGCGCAAGCGCAGCAAGAGCCGACAACGCAAACAGCAGCAGCAGCUGCAACAACAACAGCAGCAGCAGCAACAUCAACAGCAGCAACACCAACAUCAGCAAUAUCGCUGGCCUGAGCUGACAUUUGCCAAUGAGCAGGCAAUACGUUUUAGAUGCCCACAGGUGGGUCCACAUGCGCCGCAUCCAAUGCACUUUCAUCAUCCGCAGCAGCUCUGCCCAGCGCCAGCAGCAGCGCCCGCAGCAGCUGCAGCAGCAACGAAGCCAGCCAAGAGCAAAAACCGCAAGCAGCGCUCACAACGAAAACGAGCCGCAGCUCGAGCCAUAGCAGGUGAGCAAUAUCAAACUGCCUCCAAUACGCCGCUGCCACCGAUUGCCAUUGUGGCAUUAGAUAGCGUUGGCGCCGGCCCCGGCCCCGGCCCCGAGCAGCCCAGCACGCCGGAUUCGCCGUCGCUGGUUAAGGUCAGCACUUGGUACACAGUUGCCAAGCAGGGUGUCUCCUGCUAAACUAAAUCUAAACGUAAACGAUAAAGCAAACGAAACCGAACCCAAAUAGGCAUUUAAUGAUUCGCUCGCUCGCUUGUUCAGUGAGUAUCGCUCUAGCUGUAAUUUUGAGACUUUCUGUUGCGUUGAUUGUGCAUGAAGGUUCCAAGUCGUCAAUACACUGCUAUCAAAAUGAUAAACGCUGCGCCGCGCUGCUUAACUCGAAAGCUCAUUAACUUGCAAUUAAAUAUUACGUAUACGCAAUAUUUGAUUUGUUUUGUUUGCUGAGCUUAAGCAGCAGC